UGUUGUUUAUGGUUAUCUUGGCGUUGGCGUCUUUGUCAAGUUCGAGAUACGCUGCGGUCGUGCAUUAGCAAUUUACGGUCUAAAAAUGUUAUUUUGCAAAAAUAAUUAGUGUAUGCACUAAUAUUGUCUUGUUUUCAAGACAAAGCGUGAAAAGCGUUGAUCGCGCACGUUUAAUAAGCAUAACUAUCAAGAUGGCUGAUAUAAAGACAAUGUUCACAAAAAUGAACAAUGGUACCCAAAAUGGUACUGGUGAGGCUGUGCCUGCCAAAAACCAAAAGGGUAGCAUUGAGAAAAUUUAUCAAAAGAAGUCGCAGCUUGAGCAUAUCCUCCUCAGACCUGACACAUACAUUGGGUCCGUAGAACGGGCCACUGAAACUAUGUGGGUGUAUGACAAGACCAAGGAGUGUAUGGUGCAGAAAGAACUGACUUUUGUGCCAGGUUUAUAUAAAAUAUAUGACGAAAUAUUAGUAAACGCAGCUGAUAAUAAACAAAGAGACCCAAAAAUGGAUGUGAUUAGAAUUGAAAUAAAUCAAGAACAAAACACAAUAUCUGUAUACAACAAUGGAUGCGGUAUUCCAGUGGUUAUGCACAAAGAGGAGAAAAUGUUUGUUCCAACCAUGAUCUUUGGACAUCUCUUGACAUCUUCAAAUUACAAUGACGAAGAAGAAAAAGUGACAGGUGGUCGUAAUGGAUACGGAGCAAAAUUGUGUAACAUUUUCUCAACAAAAUUCACUGUUGAAACUGCAUCAAAGCAAUACAAGAAACAUUUCAAACAGACAUGGGGCGCAAACAUGACUAAGGCUUCAGAACCAAAGGUUAAGGAAUCCGGCAAGGAUGAUGAUUUUACAAAAGUAACUUUUAGCCCUGACUUAGCUAAAUUUAAAAUGGAAAAAUUAGAAGACGAUAUUGUAGCGUUGAUGUCACGACGUGCGUAUGACGUAGCAGCGUCUACGGCAGGCGUGAAAGUCUAUCUCAAUGGAGAGAGAUUGAAAAUUAAUAAAUUUAAAGACUAUGUAGAUUUAUACAUAAAAGGUAAAGAAGAUGAAAAUGGACAGCCAUUGAAGGUUGUAUAUGAAAAGGUUAAUGACCGCUGGGAAGUAGCAUUGACCCUCUCUGAUAGAGGUUUCCAACAAGUUUCAUUUGUAAAUUCUAUUGCUACCACAAAGGGUGGCAAACAUGUUGACUCAGUUUCUGAUAGUGUUGUUAAGAACGUACUAGAAGUACUUAAAAAGAAAAAUAAAGGUGGUGUUAAUAUUAAGCCUUUCCAAGUUAAGAAUCACAUGUGGAUAUUUGUUAAUUGUCUAAUUGUCAACCCGACCUUUGAUUCUCAAACCAAGGAGAAUAUGACACUCCAAGCCAAAAGCUUUGGAUCGAAAUGUAAUUUUUCCGAGAAAUUUAUUACGUCAGUUACUAAAUGCGGUUUAGUAGAAUCAGUAUUGACAUGGGCUAAGUUUAAAGCUCAGAAUGAGCUUGUGAAAGCAUCAGGUAAAAAGCAAAGCAAGCUGAAGGGCAUACCAAAGCUAGAAGAUGCUAACGAAGCAGGUACAAAGAAUGCACAUUUGUGUACUCUCAUCCUUACUGAGGGAGACUCAGCCAAGACAUUGGCUGUGUCAGGACUCAGUGUUGUGGGAAGGGAUCAUUAUGGUGUAUUUCCACUUAAGGGUAAGCCAUUGAACGUCAGAGAUGCAUCCCACAAGCAGGUUUUAGAAAAUGUUGAAAUAAACAAUCUCAUAAAAAUUCUUGGUCUUCAGUAUAAAAAGAAAUAUAACACGCUCGAUGACUUAAAAUCGCUUAGAUAUGGUAAAGUGAUGAUAAUGGCUGAUCAGGAUCAAGACGGUUCACAUAUCAAAGGGCUGAUCAUUAACUUCAUACAUCACAAUUGGCCCGAGCUAUUAAAACUGCCAUUCUUGGAAGAGUUCAUCACGCCUAUCGUGAAAGCGACAAAAAAAGACAAAGAGAUAUCUUUUUAUUCAUUACCUGAAUUUGAGGAAUGGAAGAAUGAAAAUGAGAAUUAUCACACAUACAAUAUAAAAUACUACAAAGGUUUGGGUACCUCCACUGCGAAGGAGGCUAAAGAAUACUUUCAGAAUAUGGAAAGGCAUAGGAUAAGAUUUAAGUACGCGGGCGCUACUGACGAUCAUCACAUCGAGCUGGCUUUCUCGAAGAAAGGCGCUGACCAACGGAAGGAGUGGUUAACUAAUCACAUGGAAGAAGUUAAGAGGAGGAAGGAGAUUGGCCUUCCGGAAAGAUACUUGUAUACGAAAGAAACUAAAGCAGUGACAUAUUCAGACUUUGUUAAUUUGGAGCUGGUUCUCUUUUCGAAUGGUGAUAAUGUCAGGUAAAAACAUAUUU